AUGUCUUCCAUCUACAAAGCAUUGGCAGGUAAGGACAAAAGAUCGCAAUCGGACAAGAAAAUAGUACGUAAUGAGAAACAGUUUAUGAACAAACAACGUACUUUGCUGAUUUCUAGCAGAGGUGUGAACUUCAGACAUCGCCAUUUGAUCCAGGAUCUCUACUCUUUGUUGCCACAUUCCAGGAAAGAGCCCAAACUUGACACUAAAAAAGACUUACAGCAAUUGAAUGAGAUCGCUGAGCUCUACAAUUGCAAUAACAUCCUGUUCUUCGAGGCAAGAAAACACCAGGAUUUGUAUUUGUGGCUCUCCAAGCCACCCAACGGCCCGACGAUUAAGUUCUAUUUGCAAAACUUGCAUACGAUGGAUGAGUUGAAUUUCACAGGCAAUUGCCUGAAGGGUUCACGCCCGGUGCUAUCGUUCGACCACCGGUUCGAUACCUCGCCACAUUACCAACUGGUCAAGGAGCUACUGAUUCACAACUUUGGAGUUCCCCCCAUGGCGAGAAAAUCCAAGCCGUUCAUCGAUCAUGUUAUGUCGUUCAGCAUCGUAGAUGACAAGAUCUGGGUCAGAACUUAUGAGAUUUCUCAUUCCGCUAGAAACGAGGAUGAAUACGAGCUUAAGGCAGAUCAGCAGGAAGACAUUUCGCUUGUGGAGAUCGGGCCAAGGUUCGUGAUGACCGUGAUUCUUAUCCUUGAGGGGUCCUUUGGGGGACCUAAGAUCUACGAGAACAAGCAAUACGUGUCGCCAAACGUUGUCAGAGCCCAAAUGAAGCAGCAGGCUGCCAAUGCCGCAAAAGAAAGAGCUGAAGCAGCGGUUCAAAGAAAGAUCAAAUUGAGAGAUAACGUUCUCGCUGCGGAUCCGCUAUCAAAUGAAGCACUAUUCAAGGAUUAA